AUGAUCAAAUGAAUUGGUUCUUUGAUGUUUCAUGAGGCCACGUUUUCGUUGUAUGCUGUUUUAUUCUUUUCCUUUCUCUUUUAAACCAACAUUUCUGUUGACAAGCGUCUCAGAAAACUCCAGACGACUAGUGUAUUAUAGUACUUUUCGUUUCGUUUCGAUGACUAGUGUUAAACUUCUCGCGAAAACAACAGAUCCUCCAAUAGCUUCCUUGCUUGUCGUCAACCAUAUCAAAGACAAAUAUCCUGUUGCUGUUGAAUGGAAAAAUAAAACUGCUUUAGAGGUUUCUGGGAAUGUUGUGUCAACAUCAAACCACACCAUUGCCCGAUACCUAUGUCGAAUCGCUGAAAACUUUGAUCUUUAUGGAGGCAAUAUAUUACAGGCCACUGAGAUUGAUAGCUGGGUGGACUUUAGUUGUGAUCUCUUGAAAAACAAAGAGAAGUUUAAAUUAGCUCUAAGUCAUCUUGACAAACAGCUUGCACCUGUAACAUACUUGGUUGGACCAUCUCUCACUUUGGCUGACUUUGCUGUUUGGGGAGCCUUAAAAGUUCAUGAAAAACUGGACAAUUUGCUUAAUGAUGGACAUAUGAAAAAUGUUUCAAGAUGGUACAAAUUCCUGGCAAAUCAAAAUGGUUUUAAGGGAUUUUUAACAAAUCCCCAAUCGUCAUCAAAAAACUCUCAGGGUGAAACAAAAACGCAAGGAAAGUUCAUCGAGUUAGAAGGAGCAGUGGAAGGUCAAGUCGUGACAAGAUUUCCCCCUGAAGCGAGCGGAUAUUUACAUAUUGGUCACGCUAAGGCUGCACUGUUAAAUCAAUAUUACCGCGAUUAUUACAAAGGGGAAAUGAUCAUGCGAUUUGAUGAUACUAAUCCAGCAAAAGAAAAUGCCGAGUUUGAAGAGGUGAUCCUUGAAGACUUAAAGUUGUUACAAGUACGACCAGACAGGUUUACGAGAACAUCAGAUCAUUUUGAAAAGAUACUUGAGUACGGUGAAAAGAUGAUCAGAGAUGGCAACGCUUAUGUUGAUGACACACCUACUGAAACUAUGAGAGAGGAAAGAGAAAAGAGAGUAAAAUCCGUUCAUCGAGAUAACAGCGUGGAAAAAAACUUGCAAAUGUGGGAGGAAAUGAAAAAGGGAAGUGAGUAUGGUCAGAAAUGUGCCAUGCGCGCCAAGAUUGAUUACCUUUCAGACAAUGGUUGCCUUCGUGAUCCAACUAUGUAUCGAUGUAAACCUGAGACUCAUGUGCAGACAGGAGAUAAAUAUAAAAUUUACCCAACCUACGACUUUGCUUGUCCCAUUGUGGACAGUGUUGAAGGUGUUACUCAUGCUUUAAGAACAACCGAAUAUCACGACAGAGAUCCACAAUAUUUCUGGAUACUUGAUGCUUUAGGACUGCGCAAACCAACAGUUAUGGAAUUUAGCAAGAUAAAUUUACAGAAUACAGUUUUAUCGAAACGGAAAUUGACGUGGCUUGUCAAUGAAAAUUUUGUUGAUGGAUGGGAUGAUCCAAGAUUUCCAACUGUCCGCGGUGUUUUAAGACGAGGAAUGACUGUUAAAGGAUUGUUGGAAUUUAUUCUAUUACAGGGUUUUUCAAAAGCCAACGUUCAUAUGGAAUGGGACAAAAUUUGGGCAAUCAAUCGAAAGGUUAUUGAUCCUCUGGCCCCACGUUACACGGCUUUGGAGAAGAACAAAAGAGUCACGAUCAACAUUGCUGGAGUAAAUGAAACAUGUCAAGAAGCAGUUCUCAAUCCCAAGAAUGCCGACAUGGGUAUGAAGAAAGUUUGGGUAUCAUCCAAAGUUUACAUUGAUGGAGCUGAUGCAGAUACACUUCAUGAUGGCGAAAAGGUUACGUUAAUAAACUGGGGAAACUUUCUCAUUAAAUCAAUAAACAGAAACCAGAAUGGCUCAAUUGAAACAGUUGACGCUGAACCAAAGCUUGAUGAUACAGAUUACAAAAAUACUACCAAAUUAACAUGGCUAGCUGUAACCAACUCUGCUCCAUUGCUUCCAGCAAUAACUGUGCAUUAUGAUAAUAUUAUUGCAAAGGCAAUCCUCACGAAGAACGAUGACUUUAAAGAUCACGUCAAUAAAAAUACCAAGGCUGAAGUUGAGAUGCUGGGUGAUCCUGAGUUAGUUAAUGUGAAAAAAGGUGAUAUAAUUCAGUUGCAACGAAGAGGGUUUUUUAUAUGUGAUCAACCUUACUGUGAGGAAAGUCGCCACUCUGGCAAAGCGACACCGUGCAUUUUAUUUUCAAUUCCUGAUGGUCAUACAAAGGCUAUGCCGACCUCAGGCUCAAAGACAAAAUCAAAACAGACCAGUGAAAAGAAAGAAAAAGUCAGUAAAAAAGGUGAGAAAACUGAAGAAAUUCAAGCAAAAUCGGAAUCAAGUCCUGCUGUGACUUUAACCAUGACACCUGAGAUUGAAGAUCUCGUGAAGAAAAUUGGUGAACAGGGUGAUAAAGUUCGUGAGCUUAAGUCUACUGGAGCUGUUAAGGAAGAGGUUACAGCUGAAGUGAACAACCUACUUAAUCUCAAAAGUAAAUAUAAGACUUUGACAGGACAAGAAUUCAAACCAGCGAACAGUAGUGGCCGAAAGAAUGAGAAAGGAAAAAGUUCUUCAGGAAACAAUAAACAUGAAAAGAAACAGGAGAAGAAACCUUCAGAGCAACAACCAUCUCAGGAUGAAAAAGGAGGAAAGAAAGUUACCAGGCUUGGUUUAGAAGCAAAAAAAGAAGAAAAUCUCUCUGAUUCGUAUUCGCAAGGUGAAAGAAAAACGCAAGGAAAGUUCAUCGAGCUAGAAGGAGCAGUGGAAGGUCAAGUCGUGACGAGAUUUCCCCCUGAAGCGAGCGGAUAUUUACAUAUUGGUCACGCAAAGGCUGCACUGUUAAAUCAGUAUUACCGCGAUUAUUACAAAGGGGAAAUGAUCAUGCGAUUUGAUGAUACUAAUCCAGCAAAAGAAAACGCCGAGUUUGAAGAGGUGAUCCUUGAAGACUUAAAGUUGUUACAAGUACGACCAGACAGGUUUACGAGAACAUCAGAUCAUUUUGAAAAGAUACUUGAGUACGGUGAAAAGAUGAUCAGAGAUGGCAACGCUUAUGUUGAUGACACACCUACUGAAACUAUGAGAGAGGAAAGAGAAAAGAGAGUAAAAUCCGUUCAUCGAGAUAACAGCGUGGAAAAAAACUUGCAAAUGUGGGAGGAAAUGAAAAAGGGAAGUGAGUAUGGUCAGAAAUGUGCCAUGCGCGCCAAGAUUGAUUACCUUUCAGACAAUGGUUGCCUUCGUGAUCCAACUAUGUAUCGAUGUAAACCUGAGACUCAUGUGCAGACAGGAGAUAAAUAUAAAAUUUACCCAACCUACGACUUUGCUUGUCCCAUUGUGGACAGUGUUGAAGGUGUUACUCAUGCUUUAAGAACAACCGAAUAUCACGACAGAGAUCCACAAUAUUUCUGGAUACUUGAUGCUUUAGGACUGCGCAAACCAACAGUUAUGGAAUUUAGCAAGAUAAAUUUACAGAAUACAGUUUUAUCGAAACGGAAAUUGACGUGGCUUGUCAAUGAAAAUUUUGUUGAUGGAUGGGAUGAUCCAAGAUUUCCAACUGUCCGCGGUGUUUUAAGACGAGGAAUGACUGUUAAAGGAUUGUUGGAAUUUAUUCUAUUACAGGGUUUUUCAAAAGCCAACGUUCAUAUGGAAUGGGACAAAAUUUGGGCAAUCAAUCGAAAGGUUAUUGAUCCUCUGGCCCCACGUUACACGGCUUUGGAGAAGAACAAAAGAGUCACGAUCAACAUUGCUGGAGUAAAUGAAACAUGUCAAGAAGCAGUUCUCAAUCCCAAGAAUGCCGACAUGGGUAUGAAGAAAGUUUGGGUAUCAUCCAAAGUUUACAUUGAUGGAGCUGAUGCAGAUACACUUCAUGAUGGCGAAAAGGUUACGUUAAUAAACUGGGGAAACUUUCUCAUUAAAUCAAUAAACAGAAACCAGAAUGGCUCAAUUGAAACAGUUGACGCUGAACCAAAGCUUGAUGAUACAGAUUACAAAAAUACCACCAAAUUAACAUGGCUAGCUGUAACCAACUCUGCUCCAUUGCUUCCAGCAAUAACUGUGCAUUAUGAUAAUAUUAUUGCAAAGGCAAUCCUCACGAAGAACGAUGACUUUAAAGAUCACGUCAAUAAAAAUACCAAGGCUGAAGUUGAGAUGCUGGGUGAUCCCGAGUUAGUUAAUGUGAAAAAAGGUGAUAUAAUUCAGUUGCAACGAAGAGGGUUUUUUAUAUGUGAUCAACCUUACUGUGAGGAAAGUCGCCACUCUGGCAAAGCGACACCGUGCAUUUUAUUUGCAAUUCCUGAUGGUCAUACAAAGGCUAUGCCGACCUCAGGCUCAAAGACAAAAUCAAAACAGACCAGUGAAAAGAAAGAAAAAGUCAGUAAAAAAGGUGAGAAAACUGAAGAAAUUCAAGCAAAAUCAGAAUCAAGUCCUGCUGUGACUUUAACCAUGACACCUGAGAUUGAAGAUCUCGUGAAGAAAAUUGGUGAACAGGGUGAUAAAGUUCGUGAGCUUAAGUCUACUGGAGCUGUUAAGGAAGAGGUUACAGCUGAAGUGAACAACCUACUUAAUCUCAAAAGUAAAUAUAAGACUUUGACAGGACAAGAAUUCAAACCAGCGAACAGUAGUGGCCGAAAGAAAGAGAAAGGAAAAAGUUCUUCAGGAAACAAUAAACAUGAAAAGAAACAGGAGAAGAAACCUUCCGAGCAACAACCUUCUCAGGAUGAAAAAGGAGGAAAGAAAGUUACCAGGCUUGGUUUAGAAGCAAAAAAAGAAGAAAAUCUCUCUGAUUGGUAUUCGCAAGUUAUUACGAAAGCUGAAUUAGUUGAAUAUUACGACGUUAGUGGCUGCUAUAUUUUACGUCCAUGGUCGUAUGGAAUAUGGGAAAUUAUCAAAGAUUUCUUUGAUUCUGGCAUAAAGAAACUCGGAGUUGAAAAUUGUUAUUUUCCAAUUUUCGUGUCGCAAGCGGCCCUUGAACGAGAGAAAACUCACAUCGCUGAUUUUGCACCAGAAGUCGCAUGGGUGACGAAAUCUGGCCAGUCUGAAUUAGUGGAGCCAAUUGCUAUUCGUCCGACAAGUGAAACAGUCAUGUAUCCUGCGUAUGCCAAAUGGAUAAAAUCUCAUCGAGAUCUUCCUCUUAAACUCAACCAAUGGAAUAACGUUGUAAGAUGGGAAUUUAAGCAUCCUCAACCAUUUCUAAGAACGAGAGAAUUCCUUUGGCAAGAAGGACAUACAGCGUUCGCUGAGUACGAUGAAGCAGUUGAAGAAGUUCACACUAUCCUCGACCUUUACGCACGCGUUUACACGGAUCUUCUUGCCAUUCCCGUAGUGAAAGGACGAAAAACAGAAAAAGAAAAGUUUGCGGGUGGUGAUUUCACAACCACUGUCGAAGCCUACAUUUCAGCUAGUGGACGUGCAAUUCAGGGUGCAACGUCACAUCAUUUGGGUCAAAAUUUUUCCAAAAUGUUUGAAAUUGUUUUUGAAGAUCCGGACAAACCUGGGGAGAAGCGUUUCGUGUACCAGAAUUCUUGGGGUAUAACUACCCGCACAAUUGGUGUAAUGUGUAUGGUACAUGGGGAUAACACUGGACUCGUUUUGCCUCCUAGAGUUGCAACUGUUCAGGUUGUGAUCGUACCGUGUGGUAUGACGGUAAAUUUAGCUGAAGAUAAGAAGCAAAGUUUGCUGACAUUUUGUAAGGACUUUUUUCAACAAUUAACUGAAGCUGGGGUCCGAGCUAAACUUGAUGAUCGCGAUAAUUACUCUCCUGGAUGGAAGUUUAAUCAUUGGGAACUCAAAGGUGUUCCAAUACGGGUAGAACUUGGUCCACGUGACGUAACAAACUCUCAGUUUGUCCUUGUAAGACGAGAUACUGGCGAGAGGAGUACACUUGCGGUGAAGGAUUUUGUUAUUAAGAUUAAGGAAACCAUUGAGGAAAUUCACCAUGCUCUACUUUCAAAAGCAGAAGCUGAACUGAACGAUAACAUGGUCGUUGUGAACAACUGGAGUGAUUUUUGCUCGAUGUUGGACAAGCAAAAGAUAAUUCAAGCACCUUUUUGCGGAGCAAUAGCUUGUGAAGAUAAAAUCAAGAAAGAUAGUGCUAGGGAUGCUGUUGUUGAGGAAGGUGCUCCAUCCAUGGGGGCUAAAAGCCUUUGUAUACCAUUUGAUCAACCUUGUGAGAUAACUUCAGGAACUCAAUGCGUAUGCCCGGACUGUGAGAAACCAGCUACGUGUUAUACAUUAUUUGGGAGAAGUUAUUGAAAAUUACAAACCUCCAAAAUCAUUCGGUUAAAAUCGUUUUCGCACAAUUCUAUAACUUCAACGAAAAAAAAUGUUUGAAGAUCCUUAACAAUGUAGAGCACAUUAUCACUCAGGAAAUCACAUUUCUUAAAUAAAUGUGCGCCUGCAUGAAA